AUGGGAUGUCAAGAUCACCCAGAAAGUGUAUACUUUUUAUUAAUAACUUUUUCAUCUGCCUUAAUUUUUCAAGCAUGCCUACGAAAAAAUCCAGGUCAAAUGAGUUUGUCAAUCGAACUUGCUCUUUAUCAUCAAACUUUACAUUGCCCAACUCCAGGGUGUACUGGAAGAGGACAUGUGAAUAAUAAUCGUUCAUCUCACCGAAGCCUCAUCAAUAGAACAAAUUUUCCAAGUUUGUUGAAUUGUCCAACACAAUCUAAUCAUACUAAUAAUAACAAAAAUGGUAGUGUUCCUCAUGAACCACAAACUUGCUAUCCUAUAUUUAAUCCAUGUCCACUAAACAACAACUUAAGUGAAAUAAACAAUAAUUUUGAUGAAAAACAUUCCACUCCACUUUUAAAUAUUUCAGAGAGAUCAUAUCAUCUCCCUCUUGAAGGUGAGAAUUUCACAGGAUGUUUGGAUAAUGCAGUAUAUAAUUUAAAUCUGACACAAUGUGAUCUUUUCCAAAUUCCCUCUUGA